GGGUGCUUCCGGUUCCGGAGUGGGAGCUGCGACUUUUGGGGCGGGUGAGGAAUGGCCUCUCCUGUCCUCUAAUCUGCGAGCUGGCCGGGGCUGGUGGCUGAGGGGGCUGUUUUGACAGGGGAGCCCUGCUCUCUCGCGCUCUCUCAGGAUACUCCUGGAUACACAGAGUGUCUUCAAUCUCUUCAUGGGCUGUGAUUAGUGAAAAGAAGAGCAUCCAUUUUGACAUUUCUCAAGUUCCUGCUCUGAAUUGUAGACGGGCAGGAUGUGGCACGAAGCUCGAAAGCAUGAGCGCAAGCUCCGGGGGAUGAUGGUUGAUUACAAGAAGCGAGCUGAGCGCCGGAGAGAGUAUUAUGAAAAGAUAAAAAAGGAUCCUGCCCAGUUCCUCCAGGUCCACGGCCGUGCAUGCAAAGUCCACUUAGAUUCUGCUGUGGCUCUUGCAGCUGAAAGCCCUGUGAAUAUGAUGCCAUGGCAGGGGGAUACCAACAACAUGAUUGAUCGGUUUGAUGUUCGAGCCCACCUGGACUACAUCCCCAUGUAUACUCCUCCACUGCUAAACCCAAUUACCCCAGAACAGGAGUCUGAUGAGAGGAAAUGCAACUACGAAAGGUAUAGAGGUUUGGUGCAGAACGACUUCGCUGGCAUCUCAGAGGAGCAGUGUCUGUAUCAGAUCUACAUUGAUGAGCUGUACGGGGGACUCCAGAAGCCCAAUGAGGACGAAAAGAAGAAGUUAGCAGAGAAGAAGGCAUCCAUUGGCUACACGUACGAGGACAGCACGGUGGCGGAGCUUGAGAACCCGUCUGAGAAAAGAACAGAGGAGGAAGACUCGGAAGAAGACAGCAACACGGACGAGGAUGAAGUUAUCCCUGAUAUUGAUGUUGAAGUCGAUGUAGAUGAACUGAACCAGGAGCAAGUGGCCGACCUGAACAAGCAGGCAACUACCUAUGGGAUGGCAGAGGGAGACUUUGUCCGGAUGUUGCGGAAGGACAAGGAGGAAGCAGAAGCCAUCAAACAUGCCAAAGCCUUGGAGGAGGAGAAAGCCAUGUACUCGGGCCGCCGCUCUCGGAGACAGAGGAGGGAAUUCCGAGAGAAGCGUUUGAAAGGAAGGAAAAUCAGUCCUCCGAGUUAUGCUCGGAGAGACAGUCCCACCUAUGAUCCUUACAAACGAUCGCCCUCGGAAUCCACUUCCGAGUCCCGUUCCCGCUCUCGCUCGCCUUCCCCGGGUCACGAGGAGAAGAUCACCUUCAUCACCAGCUUCGGGGGUAGUGACGAAGAGGCGGCCGCCGCUGCCGCUGCCGCCGCCGCCGCUCAAACCGCAGGAGCCCCCAGGAAGCCCGCCUCCCUCGGCAAGGCACGCUCCAGCCAAGUGCAGCCGGGCAGCGCUGCGGCAGGUCAUAGCGCCUCCUCCCGGCGACGCUCCACCUCCUCCUCCUCCUCCUCCACGUCGUCGACAUCCUCGUCUUCAAGCUCGCGCUCCAGCUCGCGGUCUCACCGGGCCGGCGGCUACCACAGAGCUAGCCGCUACGGCCGCUCGCGCAGCCACAGGUACUCCCGGUCCCGAAGCAGAACGAGGCGCUAUUCGGCGGGAGGCUCGCGGGAUGGCCGGCGCCACUCCAGAUCUCGCUCCCCCGAGCGGGGCUGGCGAUACGGCUCCCGCCGCAGGUCCAGAAGCCAUUCACGGUCUGGAGAACGCUACCGUUGGAGCAGCGGCAGGGGAGGGAGGCACUGGAGCAGCAGCCGCAGCAGCCGCAGUGACAGCGAGUCACGGAGCCGCAGCCGGUCAGCGUCUCCAGCCAGAGAGAAACUGCUGAGGCCUGCGGCUUCCCCGGCUGUAGGGGAGAAACUGAAAAAGGCUGAAACUGCCGGUGGUAAAGAGACAGGAGCUGCCAAACCAAAGCUGACCCCACAGGAGAAGCUGAAGCUGCGUAUGCAGAAGGCGCUUAACCGGCAGUUCAAAGCAGAUAAAAAGGCCGCCCAGGAGAAGAUGAUGCAACAGGAGCACGAAAGACAGGAACGGGAAGAUGAGUUGCGUGCCAUGGCUAGGAAGAUCCGGAUGAAGGAGCGUGAGCGCCGGGAGAAGGAACGAGAGGAGUGGGAGCGGCAGUACAGCCGGCAGAGUCGGUCUCCUUCCCCACGUUACAGUCGAGACUAUAGCUCUUCGAGGAGGCAUUCGCGGUCCCGAUCCCGGAGCCCCCAUUACCGCCACUAGAAGCUGUUCCUGGUUCAGCGCCACGCUGCCCGCCUCCCACCCAGCUGGUUCACCAGGCCUUGUGUAAUCCUGUAAUAACGCUGUACAUUGCUGGUUUUCUGUUUCUAUGCUGUCUAAAUAAAUAAAUAAA